UGUAAUUCCACUGGAUCCCGUAUAAGACCUGUGUAAUUGUGUUGGAGAUAAUGGGUAGAGUUACAACGACAGAAGCAGCAGCGGCGUCUGUGCUAUGCGAGGGGGAGGGGCCUCGCACUCGGGCCAAGCGGAGCACGAGGGGGUGUGUAUUUUUAAAAACCAUGUGGCAUCUGCCCUCCUGAGAUAAAGACGAAACGCUCCCGGACUCACAACAGGACGAAACAAACAUGGAUCUCAAAACUUUAAACUUUGACGUCAGCCUGGGGAAGUUACAGCAAAUGUCCAAAGAUCUGAUUUUACCGGCGAGGUUUGCGGUUAAAAUCUUCAGCGCCAUUUUGGAUUUCGCGUCGAGCUUCGUGGCGAGGGUUUUGGGGAGCGCGCCGGUCCGUCGUCACUUCCACCUGCUCCUGUCUGCGAUGGUUUUGUUCGGGCCGUUGCUCAGUCUCUGGGUGUCGAAGUACAACGUCUUCGCCAACACUAACCACUUCCUGUACAGGAAGUUCCUGCGUUCGUCUUGGGGCUGGACCUGCAUCUUGUCCGGUUCUUUCGUCCUGGUCCUGUCUCUCUCCGCCAAACGCUCCCUGUCGCUCUGCCUGCGUCACCUGUCCCGUCUGCUGGUCGCGGGGCUGCUCUGGUUCGCCUUAAAGCGUCUUCUCGCCGUUUUAGAAGACGCUGCGGGCGCCUGUUAUGAACCGAUGCCCCCGGAAGUCGACCCCUCCUCCUCCUCUUCCUCUUCCUCCUCUUCGCCUUUACUGCUGCUGCACCAGGACAAAACCAAAGCCCUGUGCCUCCGAGCGCACAUGCAGUGGAGGGGGUAUGAAGUAUCCCAGGACGUGCUCAUCCUGUGCCUGUGCUGCCUGCUCAUUCUCGAGGAGCUGAGCGUCUUUAGGGACCACGUAGCGCCCGCCGGACCCCCGCAGAAGCCCCCCGGAGCCCCCUUACGACUCAUAUUCCUGCUGUGUACGCUGCUGCUUGUCCUGUGGAUGUUUUUGCUGCUUUGUUUGCUCGCACACUUUCCCCAGUUCCCAGCCCAGCAGCUAGGGGGCGCUCUGGGGUACCUGACGUGGAGGGGGCUGUAUCAGGGCUGGUACAAGCUCAAGGGGAGCAGGUUUUGUCCCGGGAUGCCUGGGGAGGGACUGCUGACCUCUGACCUCUGACAAAAGAUGAUCCGAAACACUCAAUUUUAUUACGUUUUGUAUUUUAUCAAGAACUACAACGGUUUUGAUCUGUUGAGGAUGUCACCAUGAAUGUUUUUUAAAGCUGCACUGUGUAACUUUUUCUUAGGAUGUUCCGCAGUAUGGCAUUAAAGCGAACAGGUGGAGUAACAAGUCAGAUCUGUGGAAAGGCAAUUGUGUAUUUUAAUCGUCUUCUUACUGCGAGCACAAAUAAACACUAGUUAAGAUACAUUUAAUGCCGUACUGCGGGACAUUUCAGGUAAAGCAAUAGCGUAGACAUGUGGCGCCGCCUACCCUCCGCCAGAAAAGUUACGCAGUGCACUUUUAAGUUUUAACUACUUUAAAUGAUCGCCUCAAAGUCAGAAUGAAUGUAUGAGUUUAGACCAUAGACUGUUUAUGUAAAUGGACAGAGCUAACGUGCUCGCCGCCGCCGCGGCGUUACAAACAGGAAGUGAUCAGAUCAUGGGCGCAAUUCCAGCUCCAUCGACUCGUCAUUUUGUUCUUGAAUGUUUGUAUUAACCCUCUACAUGAUCCUGGGAUUCAUUUUUUAUUUAAUUUUAUUUUGAGUUUAUUUUUUAAUCUUUAUUUAUUUUUGUUAUUUUGAGGUUUUUGUUUUUUUUGUUUUUUUUUGGGGGGGUUUUUUGCGGGGUUUUUGUUUGUUAUUUUUAUUAUAAUUUUUUGUUAUUUUGAGGGUUUCUUUUUUUAGUUUCUUUUCUUUAUUUUUUUCUUUGUCUUUAUUGUUUUAUCUUUAUUUGUUUUUUUAUCUUUUUAUUUUUUUUAGUUAUUUUGAGUAGGAAUAUUUUUUUUUUUAAUUAUUAUUAUAAUUUAUUUAUUUUUUGUUUUGAGUUUUGUUUUUUUUAGCUUACUGUCUUUCUUUGACUCGUCAUUUUGUUCUUAAAUGUUCGUAUUAACCCUCUACAUGAUCCUGGGGUUCAUUUUUUAUUUUAUUUUGAGGGGGUUUUUCUUUUUUUCUUUUUUUUGUGUUAUUUUGAGUUUGUUUGUUUUUUUUGUUUUUUUGAGAGGUUUUUGGUUGUUAUUUUUAUUAUGAUUUUUUUUUGUUAUUUUGAGGGUUUAUUUUUUUUGUUUAUUUUGUUUAUUUUUUAUUUGUCUUUAUUGUUUUAUCUUUAUUUGUUUUUUUGUUUUUUUUUAGUUAUUUUGAGUUGGGAUUUUUUUUGUAUUGUUAUUUUUAUUAUAAUUAAUUUAUUUUUUGUUUUGAGGUUGUUUUUUUUAGCUUAUUGUCUUUCUUUGACUCUUCAUUCUGGUCUUAAAUGUUCGUAUUAACCCUCUACAUGAUCCUGGGGUUUUUAUUUCACUAUUGUGUCUGUAAAUCAAGAUCUGAACAUUAAUAACAGACAAAUCAGGUCCUUCUUUCCCCGAGGUCGCUCCUGUUAGCGUUAGCAACAGGUUUGAUUGACAGCGUUGCUAAGCGCCCGCUCCCUGUUAAACCAGUGGUGCGAGCCUUCAACAGCCUCGCUCUGGAUUGGCUCUUCGGUUGCUAUGAUACUUGAGCCUCGAUGAGCGUCACCCACACUCACUCUGUCCACGUCUUUACAGUCUAUUGUCUAUACGAGAUUCAAAUGUAUAAACUGCUACUUUUUACACUGCUAUAACCACAAUUACCGUAAUGUUUUUUUUUAUUUCUUGCACAUUUAAAGCUCCUGUAUCACACAAAAAUGACUGUUGUAGCUUUAUUCCAUGUUCUAACGCCUCAAAAACAGAGCUGGAGUUGUGUUUUUUUUCAUUCACACAUGUUUGAGUCACACUUUAUUAUUCGUCUGUUACAUCUCCAAAGCUCAAAAUGCUCUGUUCCACCUUGUGAUGUCAUCAAGUGGUAGUUUUCAAGUUAACAGCUCCUUUUACCUUUAGUUCAGUCGAGAUAAGUGUCAAUUCUAGUGAAGGUGUGUGGAGUUUAUUCACGAGUGAAAUGAGACGUGGCGUUAGAAGAAGAUUGUUUUAUUUAAUUGUAUGAAUCUGAGACAGAACCCGAUCAGAACAUGCUGUUGCCGACUGUAAUGUUAAUGGUUAAAUCUGUAUCAAAACACUACGGUUGCGUUGGUUGCUAUGGAAACAGGAGCAGUAAAUGAGUUUUAGUAGAUGGGAGCUUUCCCGUCGCCCUUCGGUUUCUUGAUCUUCACGUAGUUUUUGGUGAUGAUGUCGAACAGCACGGCCUGAGGAGAACAAA